UAUAAAUCUAGAAAGAAACCAUGGAUAUCUUAAGAGAUGUGAAGUAGCUUAGGCGAGGAUAUAGGAUUUCCAAAAUAUUACAAUUGUUAGUAUCACAAAAGUGGGUUAGCACUCUUGAGUCAAUUUUAUCAAUUUUUGAGUAGAAAAUAAGGAUGUCGUCACAGCCAGAUCUUUUUAAUUAGAGAGUGCAUAAUAGUAAUAUCUUAUAGUGCUUUUGAUUAAUCUAGAUUAAAUAAAAGAUUGUAAUUAUUUUUUAACGAUGAU